CGCAGGACUUGCAAUCACAAGAUUAAACAAAUCUGAGCAUCUAAACUGUACACCAGAAUUGAGCAACAGACGUAGAACUCAUCAGAACUCAUCAGUACUCAUCAGGACUCACAGCCAAGAUGACAAUACUCUAUGGUUGUGUUGCCAGGGGUAACACUGUUCUUGUUGAACACUCAUCGAGUUACGAGCACAACUUUGCAACGGUCACUAAGUCCAUGCUACAAAACAUCUCUACGAGAGAUUCUAAGUCUGUCUACACGUCAGAUCAGUACAUGUUCCCGGUCAUAGUGCAAGAUGGUAUCACAUAUUUGUGCGCAACGACAACAGAUUUCAGCAAGCAGAAGUCACAUUCAUACUUGAACGAGAUCAUCCGACGUGUCGCGUCAACCAGUCUCAGUCAACGUGUCCAGCACGCCGGAGAGUAUGAGCUGGAUAGAGAUUUCAGUAACGUCCUCAGUCAAGAAAUGGAUCACUACAGCCACAUGAAGGAGAGCAACAGUAAAGUCAGUGCCCUUCAGAACCAGGUGGAUGAAGUCAAAGAUAUCAUGAUUCAAAACAUUGAUAACGUACUGAGUAGAGGCGAGAAACUAGACGACCUCAUGCAGAAGACAGAGGACUUGGAAGCCAGCGCUCAGUCAUUUCAGAAAAGUGCCAGGAGGGUGAGCAAUAAAUACAAGUGGAUGAAUCGACGGAACUUGCUCAUCAUGAUUAUUGUGAUUACCAUCGUCUUAGCCAUUCUUAUUGUCAUCAUCUUGAAGAUUGCCGGAGUCUUCUAAACACAUGUACUGUAAGUUGUGACACUCAGCACUAAGACCAUACUGUUAUAGUUAUUGGUCAGUUCACAUUGUCUAAAAACCUGCAGUAUGGUGCGAAAUCAUUGUUAAAAUUGUGGGUUUUUGUUGUUGUAUGAAGUUUUAAAAUAAAAUCAUCCAUUAAGCUUUACAUUUGGAUGCUAUGAAAUUUUUGCCAAACUAAGUGCUAAAAAAAUUACAACAAUUCAAAAGUGACACUGCUUUUUUUAAAAUAUAUUUGUGAUAAUCUAAAAUAAGCUUUUUCAUGAUCGUUUUGGGGGAGUCCCUUCCAUGAACAAUAAUGUCACAUUGCCUUUGCGUCGUAACGUUUUGAUACAUGUAGCUGUCCAUACCAAGCAGUGGGUUCUGGUCAUUUUUUGAGCUUCAAAAUCAUUAGCAUUUUUUCUCUACUCAAAUAUUGCAUAAUCACCUUGAUAAUACCAAGUGCAUUUCAGAUCAAGUGCCGUUGAAAAGUGAAUUCACUUUCUUAACCCCCUCCGAUCCAAAAUACUCUCUUCACAGAUGAUUCAAUUAAGUAGCUGAAAAAAAGACUGCUUAUCCUACCAUGUUGUUCUUGAUCUAAGUUCAUUUGAUGAUUGUCUAAAACCCAAUUGUAAAUGUGACCUAAGUCUGCCCAUCCCCCCCUCCCCCCCCCAGUUACAUGUACAUCUCAGAUGGUUUUAAAUGGGUUUUUUUGUUGGUCGUACCUUUUACUGUUACUAUCAAAUAUAGAUCUUGAACAACAAGUGUAUGGAUGAUACCAGUGCUGUAUUAUGUCACAAAAUUACAUUGUAUAUUUCUUUGGUUUUGGGAAAGUGUUUCUAAAGAUCUUUCAGCAAAUUGAAUGCUCUGAAAUUGGACAAGUGACUUAAAAAAAUAAUGGUUUUCAAGCAUAAGUGAAGCUCAUUUGUAAUAAAUAUUGACAUGUGCAUUAAAGUUGGUCGAUCCAAAAUAUAAUAUUAUAUAUUUUUUCAUAAUUAAAUUGUUUUAAAUUAUUAUUAUUGUUAUUGUAUAUCAAUUAACUGGAAUGUUAUUUGAAAUUAUUGAAUUUUAAAGUAAUUACUAAAUCCGAAAUGAUGACUUUCUUUUAAUAUGGUUUAGUACAUGUAUCUUGAUGAACACAAGUUAACAACAAUUGUAAAUUUAAUUGUGUUAUUUAAAACAAAUACUACUAGACUUUUGUGAAUGUGUGAGAGAGAGAAAAUACCCUUUCGCAGUUGAUUUAUUUUUUAUUAAAUAUUAUCUCUUAAGAUUUAUUGUAAAUGUAUAACAAUUAUGUAGAUAUAUGAUUCUUUCAGACUGUGUAAAACAUUCCGUACUUUGCAUCUGCUAACAAAAAUGACUAAAAUACAACACCUAGGAAGUUACAUUGGAGAAAAUGUUGUUUUAUUUUGUUCUCAUAUUGCGGUCUAACAAGACAUUCAUUUAGAAGAUGGUGGGGGGUGGGGGGGGGGUACUGCCCUGCCCCUUUCCUGGCUAUACCCCUGUUCCCAUGAGAUAAUGUUCUCAUUCCUAUGAUGUCAUUGUUUGUUCCAACAAUAUGAAAUAAAUAAAUCCUACAAUAUAUUAGUUAUUUCCAAUGAGAUAUAAGUUGUCCUGGUCAUUCUUCAACAAAAACAGUCUUUUUCAUUUGCAGUGAAGUACACCCUAUAUCCUGGAUAAAGUUAAAUAAAAAUUUCAUAAAAAAGCUUAA